GUUUCCCUACCCUUUCCAUUUUCAUUCUGCAGCCUUUGGCAUUUCCAUUACCACCAAACACUUGAACCUUUCAACUUUAUUUGCUGUCAAAUUUCUCUUAAUUCUAAUGUCUGAUUAAAAACUUUCUGUGCAUUAUAACUCUCUUCACUGUUUCUGGCAUUUCUCCAUUGGCCACCCAAAUUCAGAAUCCUGAAGUUUCAGUCCUUAGUCUUCGUCGUCAAUUGAAUUUCAGGACUGGAUCUCUUCCACUGCUCCUUUGUUCAUUGAUUGUUUUCUUGGGGAAAAGAGAAAAGAAAAGAAUGGAGUUUGUUAUUGGCAUCGCUAGCUCCAUUGUCACGAUAGCUGCAGAGUACACGAUCGCCCCCAUAAAAAAUCAGAUCAAAUUCCUUUCCAAUCAUGAGAAAAGUGUUCAGAGUCUCAAGGAUCAAGUUGAGAGCCUGAAGGAUGCCAGAGAAAGAGUGCGGCAUUCCAUUGAUGCCGCUAAACGAAACGGGGAAGAGAUUGAACACGAUGCCGACAAGUGGCUGACUACAGUCAACAAGAAGAUUGAUGAAGAAGUAGAGAGAGUAAUUCAAGAUGAAGAAGAAGCAAAGAAAAAAUGUUUCCUUGGCUUGUGUCCUAGUUUCUGGACUCGCUACAAGCAUAGCAUGAAAGCUGAAGAGGAGACGAAGGCUGUUGCCGAGCUACUCGGACGGGGCAAAUUUGACCCGGUUUCGUAUCGUACAGCUCCAGAACCACCCACAUCGGUUAAAGGUUUCGAAGCAUUCGAGUCAAGAAGGCUGGUGUUGAAUGGAAUCAUGGAGGCAUUGAAUGAUGCUACCAUCAAAGUUAUAGGGGUGCACGGGAUGGGUGGCGUAGGCAAGACCACGCUAGUCAAAGAAGUUGCUAGACAAGUAAAGGAGGGCCAGUUAUUUGAUUCCGUAGUUAUAGCAACCGUAACUCAGACCCUUGAUGUUGAAAAAAUUCAAAACCAAAUUGCAGACUUAUUGGGUUUAAAAUUUGAGGAACCUAGUAUGGUUGGAAGGGCACUUCGACUGCGAGAAAGACUGAACAAAGAGAAGAAGAUCCUUGUUAUUUUGGAUGAUAUUUGGGCAAGUUUAGAUCUUGAAGAAGUUGGGAUUCCUUUUGGAAAUGAACAUGAGGGAUGCAAGGUAUUGCUAACUUCUAGAGAUCUCAAUGUUCUAUCAAGUGGGAUGGAUACUCAGAAAAAUUUUUUAGUUGGCCUUUUAAAUGAAGAAGAAGCCUGGGCCCUGUUUAAGAAGAUGGCUGGUGACUGUGUUGAAAGUUGCGAUUUGCAUCCUACAGCUAUUGAGGUAGCAAAGAAAAGUGCAAGAUUGCCAAUCGCCAUUGCGACAGUUGCAAGGGCUUUGAGAAACAAAAGUUUAUUUGAAUGGAAGAAUGCAUUGCGUGAACUAAAUAGGCCAUCAUCAGGAAACUUCGCAGGGGUAACACCGGCUGUAUAUUCAGCUAUAGAGUUGAGCUACAAUUAUUUAGAAAGUGAGGAAGUUAAGUUGACUUUCUUGCUUUGUAGUUUAAUGGGUCAUGAUGCUUUAAUUCGGGACUUGGUGAAAUAUGUUAUUGGUUUGGGAUGUUUUCAAGGCGUCUACACAAUAAAAGAAGCAAGAUAUAAAGUAUUGACAGUGGUGAGUAAUCUCAAAGCGUCUUGCUUGUUGCUUGAUAGUUAUAACAACGAAUGGUUUGAUAUCCAUGAUGUUGUAUGUGCUGUUGCUAUAUCGAUUGCAUCAAGGGACCACCAUAUGUUUGUGUUAAGAUAUGGUGAUGUGCUAAAAGAGUGGCCCGAUAAGGAAAGAAUGAACAAUUGUUGGGCGAUUAAUGUAGGUUCUCGUAUUAUAACUGAGCUUCCUGAUGAGAUGGAGUGCUCAGGUCUUUCCUUCUUCUGUAUGUCCCGUAAUGGUUCAUUGAAAAUUCCAGCCAACUUCUUUAGACGAACAGAAAGACUCAAAGUCUUAGAUUUCACUGGAAUGCAUUUUCCAUCGCUACCUGUGUCAAUUAAUCUCCUCACAAACCUUCGCACGUUGUGUCUAGAUGGUUGCGCACUUGAAGACAUAAGCAUUAUUGGAAAGCUCAAGAGUCUAGAAAUCCUUAGCUUUCUUCAGUCAGAUAUUAAAGCGCUACCCAGGGAGAUAGCACAAUUGACUCGGUUAAGGUUGUUAGAUUUGAGUCAUUGUACUACGCUCAAAAUCAUCCCACCAAAUGUCUUAUCGAAUUUGUCCAACUUAGAAGAACUAUAUAUGGAAGACUGCUUUGUUCAGUGGGAAGAAGAAGUACCUGGCAGUGAAAGAAGAAAUGCUAGCCUCCUUGAGGAAUUGAAGCAUUUGACUCAUCUAACCACUUUGUACGUUCAUAUUCCUAAUGCCCGAAUUGUUCCAGAACGUCUGUUCACUGAGACAUUGGACAGAUACAGGAUUUUCAUAGGUUAUUAUUUUGGGCGGAGUAGGCCGGAUGCCUAUGAAUACUCAAGAACACUGAAAUUAAAAUUGUAUACAAGCAUCUACAAGGACCAUGGGGUGAAGAUAUUGUUGAAGAAGACUGAAGAUUUAUAUCUUGCUCAACUUAAGGGAAUAAAAAAUGUACUUGAUGAGUUAAACAACGGAGAAGAUUUUCCAUAUUUGAAGAAACUUCACAUCCAAGAUGGUUUGGAAGUCCAAUAUAUCGCAGCGGAAAAAAUGGAGUUUGGUCAAUUACAGUCCAUGACACUCCAAGAUCUGCCACAACUCGUUAGCUUUACCCCCGAAGGGAGGAGGUAUUCCACAUCCCAGCAGGAGCAGGAGGAUACAACCACCAAGCCACUUUUCAAUAAACAGAUAGAGUUUCCUGAAUUGAAAAGCCUGCGAUUGUCUUCAAUUAAGACCCAAAGGAUAUGGCACAAUCAGCUUUCAAAUACACGUUUUUCCUUUCCGAAUUUGAAGAGCUUGAUCAUUCAGGGUUGUGGGAACUUGGAACAUCUGUUAUUACCCUGUGUUGCAAGAAGUUUGGAGCAGCUCCAACACUUUGAGAUAGUGGAAUGCAAGUGCUUAAGGGAGAUAAUAGUUACAGAGGAAAUAGAAGAAGGAAAGAAAAAUGUGAUUCGUUUCUCUCAAUUGAACUCCUUAAAAAUAAGGAAUCUUCAUAAUCUCAUCAAAUUUUGCUCAGGGAAUUAUGAUAUUGAGUUCCCAUCCUUGAAAGUGCUAAACAUUGAGAAAUGCCCGAAAUUAAAAGAAUUCAUUAAUGAAACUAAAAUGGAGGUGAAUUAUCAGUCCGGUGUACAAGCUCUCUUCAAUGAGAAGGCUGCAGUACCUAGCUUGAAAAGGAUGAAGAUCUCCCACUUGAGAAAUGUGCAGAUGAUAUUUCACAACGAGCUUCUAGCAGGUUCCUUUUGCAAAUUAGAAGAAAUGGAGGUUCAGUAUUGUCAUCAGUUAUCGGCUAUUUUUUCCUCUACUGCCAUAGGAAUAUUUCAGUGUCUAGAAAAGCUCAAAGUGAGCUACUGUGAUUCAUUAGAACAGAUAUUUGAGCUUGGAGGGUUAAAUAUCGAAAAGACACUUGGUGUAGAAUAUUCUCAAUUAAAAGAAUUGGAUAUUUCCUGGCUACCGGCAUUGAAACAUGUUUGGAAUAACGAUUACUUUGGAAUUCCCAGUGCCUUUCAAAAUCUACGUAGAGUAAAAGCUUUCUAUUGUUGGAGUCUGAAAAAUCUAUUUCCAGUGUCAAUAGCCAAGGACCUUCCUCAACUUGAAUAUCUAAGAAUAAGUAGUUGUGGAGUUGAGGAGCUUGUGUCGGGAGGGGAAAUAUUGGAACAGCCCAUUAGGUUUAAGUUUCCUCAAAUGUCUUCCCUUGUGCUUACGAACCUAAAUGAGUUCAAAUGGUUCUAUCCAGGGCAACAUACAAUAGUCUGGCCGAUUUUGAAAACAUUGAUGACAGAUUGUUCCACUUUACUAAAGAUUGUAGCUUCAGAACGUCUAAUUAGCACUCAAGAAGUGAAUGCGAAUGGCCAAAGAGAUUCUACAAUUCGACAGCAACUUUUCUUGGUUGAAGAGGUCACUCCCAAAUUAGAGGAACUGCGGUUACAAAAACUUGAUGAAAUUGCAAUAAUGAGUGAUGGCCAGUUUCCAGAAGACUUGUUUCACCAGAUAAAAGUUUUUGAGGUGAAUUGCUUCACUGGUCGAUCUGCUAGUUUUCCAAUUAGUUUCCUCCAAAGAUUAUACAAAUUGGAAAAUCUUGUGUUUAAAUGGUUUGACUUCAAAAACCUAAUAUGUCGUGAAGGAGAUGUUGGUGAGAAGCCAGAUGCUGGGAGAGUACUCUCAGGAGUUGGAAAGUUAAAACUGGCUUAUUGUAAAAAUGUUACACAUAUAUGGAAGAAAGAUUUAGAGCUAGGCCACAUUAUUCUUCCUAAUCUUGAAACUCUUGAAGUUUGGUGGUGUGAUGAUUUGAUAAAUUUUGGAUCCUCCUCUUCAUCUUUUCAAAAUCUCACAACUUUGCAAGUGGAAGGGUGCAACAUGAUGAUGAACCUAGUUCCACCCUCAGUAGCCCAGAAUCUGGUGCAUCUAAAAGAAAUGAGGAUGGCACGUUGCAAUACAAUGAAAGAAAUAGUUGCAAACUCAGAAGGAGAUGAAGCAACAUAUGAGAUCACUUUCAGAAAGUUGAAAUAUUUAGAACUCAAUUGUUUAAAGAAUCUUGCAAGCUUUUGUCCAGGGAAUCAUACCUUCAAGUUUCCAUCCUUGGAAGAAUUAAUUGUGACUGGGUGUCCUAGAUUGAAGGUAUUUUGUCAUGGAGUUUUAAGCACCCCACAAUUGCAGAGAGUAAAAGAAUCAGAUCAUCAUAACAGAGAGCGUUGGGCUGGUGACCUCAAUACCACCAUACAGCUGUUGUACACCCAAAAGAAUGUCCAAAAUUCUGAAGUGGGUGAGCUUAACCUUCAGUUACCCAAUCUGGAAUAAGGCAAUAUGUUUUGGUGAUUGUGAGAUUAGGCUCAUUUCCCCUCAAUUGAAAUCAGAUGUGAUGGUGGAGAUGCCUUCUCAUAGCAGGUUGAAUUUAUCUAGUUUGUAAAAUGAAAAAGGAGUUGCCCUACUGAAGUUUCCAUUGAACCCAAAAGGUUUUCUUUCUCUUCUAUGUGGGUUGGUUUAUGGAAUCUGGAAGAUCCGUUCAUGUCUGCUGUUUCUUUUCUCUGCAUAUUGGCUGUUUGUGGGGAGAAAGGCUGCAUCGAAAGUCCAGAUUUUUUAUUUCCCUCAUGUAACACCUGAAGCUGGGCUGUCGUUUUUGGGUUGGAAGUCUCACUUUAAGGCUGUUUGUCCAUGGUUUCCCUUCCAUUUUUCUUCAUUAAAUUCCCUAUAUCCUUUCCUUUACAUGUCUGGCUUGUUAGCUGGUAUUUGACGUAAAUUUGGAGGGAGGCCGCACUUUAUUUAGGGGAUACCAAUUCUGCUCUGUUCAUCCUCAUUGAGCAGUGGCAGUUUUGGCCACUAUUUUAUGGUCUCUCCCAUCAGUCUCCUCGUUAGCUUCCUAAGUUUUAAGCCAUCUCUUGUACUUUCUUUAGCUAUCUUGAGAUUUAAAAUGGAACCACAGCGUUAAUGUAGCUGGAAAAGCCAAAACCAUGCUGCCUUUUCCCCAUAGGAAGUCACGGUUCUCUUGGAUGAUCUGGGCAGUCUCUCUGUUUUAGCUAUAUUUCUGGAUUUUUUUCGUUUGCUGUUUAUUCUUUUCUGUUCUUGAUAAGCUAUCCUGUUUUACAUGUAAAAAGAAAGACCACUUUAAUUCAAGGACUCGUUUGAGAAAGACAAAAAAACGUGCUGCCUUUUCUGAGUAGGCAGUCGCGGUUGUGGCUGUUCA